UUUAUUUUAUUCUUCGAUGUUUUGAUUCAAGUUUUACUUGAUGUUUUAUUCCAAGUUUAUUUUUCUUGGUUUCAUGUUUUUAUAUUUGUUUUAAUUAAAGUUUAUUUAAUUUCUCAUGUUUAUCUUCAAGUUUUUCUUAAAGCUUAUUUUUGUGUUCUUUUUAAUUCUUGUUUGUGUUUUACAUUUCUCAUGUUUUGCUUCAAGUUUAUUUUUUUCUUUGUUACAGUUCUAUUUGUUUCAAGUUUUGCGUCUGGCUACAUUAGAGUCUCAUCUUUAAUAUUAUUAACACUUAUUAAAAUUUAUUUUUAUAAAUUUUUAUUUAAUUUAAAAAUAUUAAAAAAUUUUUCCAGCUUUCAACCAGUCUUAGCCACGAUGAAUUGAACAAAUUUGCCAUUUUAAUGCGUCGUUGGCGUUCUCGUGAAAUGCCAAUUGUCGAAUUUGCUCAAAAAUUGUUGGAAUUAUAUGGACCUGAAAGAAGGCAUUUAUUGGCUAAAAUGCGCACAUUACUUCGUGGUGAUCCAACAGAAAUUGAAGCACUCGGGAAUUUUUUACGUGCUAAUGGUGUUGUGGAAAGUGCUUCAGAAGCAGUUUCUCAAGCAACAAAAAUCAACAGAACAACAAAAAUUAUUUUUUGUGAAGAAAAAAAUAUUUCUAAAAGGUGAGGAAAUUUUUUUUCUAAAAAGAUUUUUAAUGAGGGGUUUUUAAAAAUAAAUUUUUUUAUUUCAAAACAAGAAGGGAAAGGAAUAUUUUUAAAAAUAUCUGUCGGAAUCAGGGGAUUUUUUUCUGUCGGAAUUUGCGUUAAAUUUUGGUCUUGCGUUUUGCGUCCUGUGUUUUUUGAGUUUGUCUCUUGCGCCCACUCCUAGUCGAAAUUUAAUUUUUUUUCUAAUCUUUGGCAAAAAAAAUAUUUUUUUUCGUUUAUCAACCCAUUUUUCAUAUUUUUUUUUGUUAUUUCCUUCUUUAAAAAAAUAAAACAACCCCAUUUUUAAUAUAAAAAUAAAUAAAUAAGUAUCACACGUUUCCUUUUUCAAUUUU